GCUGUCAUCAGUUUAAAAAUUUUUGUUUAUAAACUGUGAGCUAAACAGCAAAAAAAAAGAAUCAUUUAAAUCUUUUAUUUUAUUUAUUCAAAUAAAUAAAAUGACAACAAAAAAAUGUGCUUACAAAAAUUGUGGAGCUUUCACCAACAGCUCACAUCCAUCAUCGGAAACAUUUUACUCAUUUCCAAAACAUCCGGAAAAACUAGAAAUGUGGAUGAAGCUUGGUGGUGUUAGAAAUGAAAAAGAACUUGCCUAUGCUUCCAGGUACUUUUGUUCAAAACAUUUCGAUGAAACAAAAUAUGUCGCAAACAAUCCCAGACGCAAGCAACUCCUUAGUGCUGCUAUUCCCUAUCCAUGUGUACAAUCACCUCAGCCAAAUGUUGUGAUUGUCGAUGAAAAUGAAUAUCAAUGCGUUGUCUCCAGCAGACAUACAAUUGAGGAAGAACCCGACGACGAGGAAGAGGAUGAAGAACAGGAGACCAAUGAACAUGGAGAUGAAAUAACUGAGGAAGUUGCUAAUGAAAUAAAUUGUAUUUCUGAAACCCUUGAAACAUUUGAAACCUAUGAUGACUAUCAAAACGAAAUCAAUUGCUCGGAUGAUUUCGAAGUGGCUAUUGAACCUGAAAAGAGAUCACUGAAACGAAAGAUUGAUCAUUCAAGUACUAAACCUGGAACUAACUUACUCCCGGGGUCAGUAAAAAGAACCGUCUCCAUAGUUUCGAACUGUCCAACAUCUACGAUAAAUCUUGUUCAAGAUCAAUUAAUAGAGGACAAGGCAAUGGAUGAGGAUCUUGAUUUGAUAAAUACGCAGGUUGAUUCGAAUGUUACGACAUUCAUAUUUAAAGGCGAGGAAUAUAUUCAAAUGCCAAAAGAACAGUAUGUUCGUGAGAAACUCGCACUAAUAAACAGAAUUCGAAGCUAUGAAGAGGUUUUGAAAAACGUUAAGAGCUUAAUGGAUAAUGUUAAGAUUUAAUACAAAAACAUGUAUUUUGAAGAAAAUUCGAAUAAAAAAAAAAUAACAAGGUUUAUUUAAAA